GAGCGGCGCGCGCAGCCGUGGCCUGGCACGCAACCAGGAAGAGAAGAUGGCGGCUGUUUUGGAACGUAGUCUCGUGGAGAUCUGUGGGUUCGGGCGGGAAGCCGAACGGCGGUUCCGAGAGGUCACAGUGAAUCCAGGUGUAAGCGCUCCUCCGGGCGGGUUAAAGUUUGCAGACAGCGCCGGAGCGUUCCAUUACAAUGAGAGCGGCAAGUUGCUGUCUGUCACUAGCAACCGCUUCAUCCACUGGUUUACGUCGGGGGACACGGUGCAACUGGUGGAGGAGUCUCUGGACACCAACCUGCUGAAUAAUGGCGUCAGACUGAAGUUCACCUGCUGCAGCGUACUGCCUGGUGGAGUCACCGUCCACGAGACCCUAAAUAACAUCAUCAUCCUCAUCUGCACCAAUCAGACUGUCCACAGGCUGGUUCUUCCUCAUCCGGCGCGCAUGUACCGCAGUGAGCUGGUCACAGAGCGCCACAUGCAAUCUGUCUUCACCGAUGUGAUGAAGCUUGACCUUCAGGACCCAGCCCACUGCGCCGUAAUCCCCGGCUGGGCGGGGCACACGGCGAUUCCCGGCGCUGUGACGGCAUGGCUCAGUUUUCCCGGAGACGCUCACUUUGCUCUGGCUGCGCCUACGGGAGGCAUCACAGUGGUGACGCUGCCACCGCACAAUUCGCAGGGCGGCGUGUCGGUGGUGGAGCUGAAGAGAAGUUCCAUGAUGAGGAGGAUCUCCGGCUGGAUGCCCACCGCCAUCCGGGGCGAGCAGAGUCCGGCUGACCUGGUUCUGAGCCUGGCGGUCCGGGAGGAGGAGGACGAUUCGCUGAUCUUUGCUCUGUGUCAGGAUCAUCGGCUGCGCAUGUGGUCGCUCACGGAGCAGACAUGCCUCCUAGAAGCCGACAUGUUGGAGUACAUGCCGGCCUGUAAAGGCGUGAGGCGGCUGUCGGGUCAGGGUCACAGUCUGAGGCUCGCCUUCUCAUCCAGAACCGGGCUGUGUCUCUGCGUGCACCUGGCCGUCCCGCAGAGAGGACAGUUCAUCGUCCUGCAGCUUGUCGCCAUAGACAACAACCGCUACAGCCUGGAACACAUCUCUUCUCUGUUCAGCACGCAGGAAACUUUGGUGGAUUUCACCCUGACCCCGACCGACGUGUGGGCUCUGUGGUUGGACGAGUCCAACUCUGCCGCGGUCAAGUACAUCAACUUCGAACACAACACAGCGGGUCAGUGGAACCAGGUGUUUGUUCAGCCACCACCAGAAGAAGAAGUCCUAAUAGGAGUAGACCUGGACCCCAGGGAGACCUACCUGGAGCAUCUCUUCUCUCCGCUGCGUUUCACUGCGACGGCCAUCGUCAGAGCCUUGCAGAUCUUUCGUCGUGGCUCUGAUAAGGUCUUGGAUCCGUCUUGGGAGAAUCUGAAGAAGGAGGUGACCCAGGCUGUCGAGAGCGAGCUGCAGAGCAGCGUCACAGAGUUCGAGUUCUCUCAGGAGGAGUACCGCCAGCUGCAGGUGGAGUUCUGGUCCCGGUUCUACUCCUGCUGUCUGCAGUACCAGGAGGUGGAGUCCACUCCGCUUGGUCUGACGGUCAGCCACCACACCGGGAUGGCCUGUCUGCUGCGUAAGGGCUUCGUCUCGUUCCUGCUGCCGUGUUUCGCUGUGGAUCACCUGUACCUGUCCCUCGAUCCGUACCUGCUGUCUGAGGAGGACACGCCCAUCAGCGACGAUCCAGACGCGGCGCGAGACAUCCUGCAGCUGGUCCGGACUCUGCGGCUCGUCAGCGACACCGUUUCUGCAGAGAUGGCGUACGAGAUGGAGAAAGCUCUGGAGUACCUCCAGACUCCUGAGAAAGCUGCCGAGCUGGUCCUGGAAAACAUGGUGUGCAACGACAAAGAUGGCGUGAUCGAAGACAUCCAGAACAAACUUCAGGACAUCCGGAGUCCCAUAGCAGCCAUGGUGGCUCUGCUAAGGGAGCUGGACCUGGAGACGGACUCUGAGCUGGGCGGAGACGGGCCUGUUGCUCCAGGUCUGAACGUCAGGAUGAGCCUGUCUCAGCUCUACGGCAGCAGCUGCUCCAUCUCCGUCGUCUGUCAGGGUGUCUGCCACAUGGCCAUGACCAGAGCGCAGUUCUGCAGAGACCUGCUCAUACUGCAGAAGCUCUACCUGCACUUCGGAGACAACGUGUUUCUGGGUGGUGGAAACCAAUUGCUGCAGCUUCAGCAGGAUCUUAUCCCACGGACCUCCCACCUCCUUUCCUCCUACCACCUUCUCAAACACAUCAGUCAGAGCCUCGCCUCCUCCGUUCCCAUGGACACCAUAGAUGUGAACCUGCAGCACCUCACAGCGCUGGAGCUGUCGGACACACCAAGCUUAUCGACGGGUCGAUCAGUGCUGAACCCUCAGACGGUCCUGGAGCUCUUCUACCAGACUGCGGCCAGGAGGAUCAUCAUCUCCCAGAUAUUUUCCCAGCAGCACCCCGACUCUCCGCUCCUCUGGACCCACAUGAUCUCCACCGUGGUCCAGCUGCUGGCUCAGCUGCUCUGGCCCAGUAACCCUGGCUUCCAGUUCCCAGAGUGUCUGAUGGCCAACUGUCAGUUUACUCAGCUGCAGGAGUACGUGCGUCUGGUUGGCCCUUGGUGUCAGGUGAACAUCGGCUCGUGCCGCUUCAUGCUGGCUCAGUGUCACCUGGCCAACGGAGAGGGCCAGAAGGCUCUGCGGUGCUUCCAGGAGGCGGCGACAGAGGUGGAGAGGGAGGAGUUUCUAAUGAAGCUGACUGGCAGCGAGGACGAGGAGGCGGCGGCGGCGACCAGUCCGAGGCUGCAGUACUACAACAAGGUGCUGCGACUGCUGGAGGACGUGGGUCUUCCCGAGCUCGUCAUCCAGCUCGCCUCCCUGGCCAUAGCAGAAGCAGACGACGACGUCCACUGUCAGGCGGCGCUGUGGACGAGGAUCUUCAAACACCAUCUGGAUCUGGGACACAACAGCGAAGCUUACGAAGCUCUGACCCAGAACCCCGACAGCAGCAUGCAGCUGGAUUGUCUCCGUCAGCUGGUCGUGGUGCUCUGCGAACGCUCCCAGCUACAGGACCUGGUCCAGUUUCCCUACAUGAACCUGCAUGAUGAGGUGGUCGGCAUCAUCGAGUCUCGUGCUCGCGGUCUAGAUCUGCUGACACACAACUACUACGAGCUGCUGUACGCCUUCCACAUCACCCGACACAACUACAGGAAAGCGGGGACAGUCAUGUUUGAGUUUGGGAUGCGCCUCGGCCGGGAGGUUCGGACUCGACUCGGUCUGCAGAAACAGGUGAACUGCUACCUCGCCGCGCUCAACUGUCUGCGCCUCAUCAGGCCUGAAUACGCCUGGAUCGUCCAACCGGUGUCCGGGAGCACAUACGAGCGGCCCGGAGCGUCUCCGAAGAGGAACUCGGACGGAGAGUUUCCAGCAGAGCCAGCUGCAGGUAGGCGACAGGUGGACAUCCUGGAGCUCCACGACCUGGAGAAGGAGUACUUCCUGUCCCGCGCUCGCCUCACGCUGGCUCAGCACCACCCGCCGUCGGCAGCCAUCGCAGGCACCGCGUCUGCACCCGAGCUGGUUCUGCUCCUGGUCCAAACUGGACUCUUCGACGCUGCUCUGUCUCUCAGUCGCAUCUUCAAACUGAAUCUGAGUCCCAUCUUCGACGCCCUGACCUUCAAAUGCAUCCAGCUGCAGUCCGGGGGGGAGGAGCCUCAGAGUGAAGCUUGGAGCUGGUUGGCUGCUAACCAGCUCUCUGUCGUUAACACUAAGGAGUCCAGUGCCACAGAUGAGGCCUGGCGGCUGCUGGCCUCCUACCUGGACAGGUAUCCCUCCACCAAUGGGCAGCAUCACCGCCACGUCAUCCACAAGCUGCUGUCGCACGGUGUGCCGCUGCCUGAUUGGCUACUGCAGUCCUACAAGCGUGUGGACGCUCCCUCACUGCUACGUCUCCUGCUGAACUUUGACCUCUUAGAAACAGCCGCAGAGCUCGUGUUGGAGUACGUGGACGCCGUCCUAGGCCGUGGACAUCAGUACUUUGGGAUUGAGAGGCCGCUCUCUGCCAUGUCUCCGCCCGCCUGGCUACCGUACACCGCGAUCGAUCAGCUUCUGCACGCCUUGAGCGAGACACAAACGCACAGCAACCUUCACAUCAAAGUUCGAGACAAACUGGACGAGUAUCACAACGUGGUGCAGCAGACGACCGAACACCGACUCGCCUCUCAGAGACGAGUGGCAGCGUGAGACGAGCCACCCGGUUUUCUAUUUGUUUUUUAUGUGUAAAUCUUCUAAUUAAAGUCUUUUCUAAUGUUU